GAAACAUUCUGGUUGUUGUGAUGUUCAGCUCUUUUCUUCAACUAUCAUUGCAGCGAAGUCGAAUCUGGUCUGUCAGUUUUUUCUGUCAUCUUGGCUUCAAAGAGACACUCUGCUUGACUCGCCACCCAUAUGCAUGUUUUCACAGGGCUGGCAUGGACAGUUUGAUCCUGGAGGCUGGUGACACAGUAGUCCUGGUGAGAUGUCCUUGAGUGGCAACACAAGCCGGUCUUCUCCAGCGCUGACAGCUCUUCCUCCGCCCUUCAACACCUCCGCCACGACACAGUCGCCGCCAUGGGAGGAGGGAGGAAUCGGUCACGAGUCGGAGCAGGAGUGGCUGGAGAAUAAGACGCAGUUUAUCUCAGACCUGGCUGUUCUCGGGCACGAUGAGCUGUGCCACAUGUCGCCUCUCCUCACCGUGUGUCUGGUGGUUUUGUACAGUGUCACGAUGGUGCUAGGGCUUGUCGGGAACAUCGGCCUUAUUUGCAUCAUCACCCGUCACAGGGAGAAAGUCAAUGUCACAGGCAUUUUCAUCUGCAACCUGUCAUUCUCUGACAUCCUGGUGUGCAUCUUCUGCCUCCCCUUCACUGUCAUAUACACACUCAUGGAUCACUGGGUGUUUGGGUCUCUGUUGUGCCGCCUGGUGCCGUUCAUCCAGUGUGUUUCUGUGACUGUGUCGGUGCUGUCUCUAGUGUUCAUUGCCCUAGAAAGACAUCAGCUCAUUAUUAACCCCUCUGGAUGGAAACCAACCAUUCCCCAGGCCUAUAUAGUGAUCUUUCUGAUUUGGACUCUUGCUGGACUCACCUCCUCACCUUUCUUGGCCUUUCAGCUCCUCACAAAUGAGCCCUACACCAAUGUAGUCUUUCCCCAUCACCAAGCAUCUGCUCAGACUUAUUUUAACUCAUCUCCUUCUCCACCUGCUUUAUAUACUUUUAAAAAUGUAUCCACUUUUCCAAACUCAUACCGCACCCUCUUCUCUUAUGUCACAGCUUCUCCUCAUAUGGAGGCCUGUUUAGAACACUGGCCGUCCCAUCAGCACAGGCUCGCUUACACCACAUGGCUCCUUCUUUUCCAGUACUGUGGUCCACUCUUGUUGGUCCUGCUUUGUUAUGUUAGAGUAUUUGUGCGGCUUCGCCACCGCAAAGACAUGCUGGACCGUGCCAGGGCCCCCGAGAACCAGCGCAUGACCCACAGCCGUAGGAUCAACAUCAUGCUGGUCGCCCUCAUCACAGCCUUCGCUCUGUGCUGGCUUCCGCUCACCAUCUUCAACGUGGUGUCAGACUGGAACCAGGAGGCUCUGCCCAUCUGCCACCACAACCUGCUGUUCUCACUCUGCCACCUGCUGGCCAUGUCCUCCACCUGCAUCAAUCCCAUCAUCUACGGCUUCCUCAACUCCAACUUUAAGCAGGAGGUGAGAGAGAUGCUGCUGCACUGCCGCUGCCACCCGCUAGAAGAAGAAUCUGAGCGGUUCCCCAUGUCCACCGUGCAUAUGGAAAUGUCUCGGACGUCUGUGCCUCCGAGCUGCAGGAGCAACUCUGUUUGACUCUGAGGCUGAGGAUGAAAAGACGCUGCUGUUGUAGGAUGUAGUUGUAGCUUUGCCUGUAAAGACAGUAUGAGAUUUUGUCAUUGUUCUGAAGUGACAUGUGCAGUGAUAUGCUGGUUUGGUUAUUCCUUAAACAGCUCUGAAUUAUAUAAAGAGCAUUUUGCUGUAAAUAGUUACAAAGAAUUUGUCAUAAGUUAACUCAAAUACACAGUUUGCUUUACUUGAAAGGACUAAAUGUAGCUUUUUGCAACAUGGAACUGACAUAAUUCACCAUCUUAUACAGAACUAAAAAGAAAUUAUGUAGUUUCUGCCCCCAUUAGACAUUGAACUUUGACUUUUAAGAGUUGCUGCAAAUUAAAGCUGUUAAAGCAUUCACUGAAAAAAGAAUUUCAAACACAAGUUAUAUUAUAUCUUCAAGCAGCUCCACAUUAGAAGUGUUGGAAAUGCCUUUUCACAAUGCAUGUUGCCGUAACGAAGUGCAACCAUCAUCACAGCUUAAGACAUUUCUGUUUAUGAAAUUUUAGCCCGGAGCAGUUUUAAUUCAAAGAUCCAGGCCAAAGACCAACGUCAGGCUUUUCUCCAUCUGGCUAAAAGCAACCAAAAUGGGUGAACGAAAUAAA